AAACAAGUUGUCACGUGUUUUAAUACGGAAGUUCCAGCGGUGUGUUUGUUUGAGCACAAAUCAAGAUGGCAGCGCACCCGGGUGGAGGAGGACAAGGCGACUCCAAGGAGCAGAUACUGGAACUGGGGGCUGUCUUGUUAAAAGAUUUCAUUUACGAGCGAGUCCGCCGGCACGGAGACAACAGCGCCGUCGUGACCCGGGCCCAGCUGGGUGGAGGCGAGAUAUGCGAUACCAGCCACAAGAGGCUGGCCCAGUGCCUACAGAAGAUUGGAGACGAGCUGGACGGCAAUGUGGAACUCCAACAGAUGAUCAACUCCCCCUCGCUGAGACCCACCAAGGAGGUGUUUGUGAAAGUGGCUGUUGAGAUCUUCGCCGACGGAAAGUUCAGCUGGGGCCGAGUUGUCACUCUCUUUUACUUGGCCUGUCGACUAGUCAUCAAAGCGCUCUUGACUCAAGUUCCCGACGUCAUCAGAACCAUCAUCAACUGGACCAUCGACUACCUCCGUGAACACUUUCUCAACUGGAUCUGGGAGCAAGGAGGCUGGGAGAGCAUUCGCUCUUACUUUGGCACUCCGACGUGGCAACUGGUGGCUGUGUUCAUGGCAGGGGUCAUCGCCACGAUAAUCGUGACUCGUAAAAUGUGAGGAGCACACUGGUUGGGGCCAAGGAGAACAAAGAACUUGCAUGAGGAUUUGAACUUUUUGUAAGGACUGUGGCGCUGCUGUAAACCCCUCCCUCCCCCCUCUUGUCAUGUGGGCCGUAUGCACUAAAGGUUGUUUGGGGGUUACAAACACACACACACUAGGCACACGCCUGAGCGAGGGAAUGCAUUUUAAAUAAUUUAUUUUGUACCUUUUUGGUACCGAAAGAAAAGAAAAAAACACUAUUUUUGUUUUCUGCUGUCAUUUGGAGGAUGUCUUACCUCCUUCAUUUCAUUCAGAAAGAAUGCAUCUUCCUCAUGAUUUUUCAAUGUGCAAUCAACAUGUUCUAUUAUUGGCUUCUUACUUUAUGUAGAAAAAUAGCAAUCCUUAAUUGUCAGUAAGAUUAAA